GUUUAGGUUACUCAUACUGAAAGUGAAAGUAAAGAAGAAGGGCGAGCGACAAACAGCAGUGUUUAAACAUUAGGCUGUGAAUUCCUCCACCAAGAACUUGGUGUCCAUCUCGAGGAGCCUGAACGCAAAAUUGGCCCGAUCAGACGGAAAACAUUCCAGAGGAGGGUUUUUAUCCUCUGCGGCCUGUGUGUCAUCUAUAGCGGGAGGAGACCUGCUGCUGCUUUCAUUUCCAGUGUCCAGCGCGGGUGAGGAGGGGGGCUGUUCGUCAGGCACCAGGUCUGGCUCUGCCCUGGAGCAGGUAGCAACUGAUAAAGAAACAUGGCCUCCAGUGGAACCUUCUUUAUUCUCAUUGCCGUCUGGGUCGCUGCAGGAAAUGCAAAUAAUUUUUAUGUAAAAAUAGAAUGCAACACAAAAAACAGAGGAGAAUAUGGCCAUCAGUCACUGCUGGAGUGUGUUGUCAAAACCACAAAAGAAGUAGCAGGUGCAGUAAUCCGGAUUGUGACUUGGACGAAAGAGGGAGCUGAGCAACCCUUGCUGUUUUUUAACAGAGGGAAACUCCAGCAGGAGCCAGGCUAUAGAUUUGCUGAACCAUCCUGGAAUGACAACAACAUGAACAUAUCCCUGCUCAUUGCUGAAACUAAGGUGGCAGAUGAUGGAGAUUAUACAUGCAUGGUGAUCACAGACAGCGGCGAUGCCAGCAGCCUCACUAGCCUCAACGUCAAAGCCACAUACAGAGACCCAACUGUACGCUCCAUUCCUGAGAAAAUAUCUGAAGAUGCAGAUAACGACCUGAUUUGUAACGCUGAUGGCUACCCGAAAGGUCAGCUUCGCUGGUUUGACGAACACAAUGAGGAGUGGACAAAGAGUGCAGAAAUGGACGUGAGAAAGACCGACAAUGGCCUGUUUCAGCUCUCAAGCACGCUGACUUUGCUGAAAGGAUCCCGUUUCUCCAAGUAUACCUGUGUCGUGUUCAAUGCCACUGGAGGCAAAGAGGGUUCGACCACAUUCGAAAUGCCACCGAUUUCUGGAGGGCGUGGGGCCAGCGGAGGGUUGAAUCACUCCUCCAAAAUAGUCGUUCCUGUGAUUGUCAUUGGAUCACUGAUCGUGGGAUUGCUGUUGGCAUUGUUGAUUUAUAGAAGGCGAUCUAUAGACAUCAGGGAAGACUUUGGACAAAUUAAAACCUCUGCUUUAAUUCUUUAUCUUCGCAUCAGGGUUAGCGUCCGCCGUGUCUUUAAAGGUGAUCAUCAACGGGGCCGUGCAGAAGAAUUUGAUGCUGAGCAAGGUCAUCUUCAGAAAACAGAACCUGAACAAGGUCAAGACAGCCAGCCCUGAGGUGACACCACAUGCCACAUGAAUAUACCAGUCCCUCCAGGAUUUCGCGGGCGUUUUUCGUGAUUAUUGCGGCCGAAAAUGCCUGAAUGCUUUUCUAAAACAAUUGCGAUAAAUUUGUUGUGAUAAAAUUGCGGGAGACAGUGACAAUUGCUAAAAAGCUGCAUUUUUUCCAGCUUGUAGAACAUGUUUCAACACUGUAACUGACAAUAUUUAUUCCGAAAUUAAUUAUUUGACAUUCCAACCCACUUCCACAGAAGCUGGCACACCAUAGUGGGACAUUAGCAGCAGCCAGAUACUGGUUUAAUAUGACGUGGCCUAACUAUGCAGGGGGUGACAGGACUUGAUAGGACUCAGAAACAUCCCCACAAUUUAUUCAGUUGUUCUUUGUGUCAUUUCCGAUACAUCCACAGAGGUAGAUUUGUUGUAGGAUCACAAUCAUGUGAUCGUCAGCAGGCCGCAGAGGUAGCGUUUACUUGUUGCCAUGGUUACCGUGCCGCUAUCAGACGCCGUGCUGCUAUGACUCCUUAACAAAUCCGUUGAUCCAAACUUUAAGCCAUAUCACUGCCGAAGUCUAAUCAAUUGGUCCUUGUGUCAUUUCUGACUGACCCUGAAAACUUAAUUUAAAUCUCUGAGUCUGUUUUUGAGUGAUGUUAGUAACAGAGGAAGGAUUCACACAGGCUGAUCUUCACAUAACUCUGCCGUGUUCUUUGGUGGAAUAAUUCAUCUAAUUUACCUCAUUAUUUUUGGCAAGUCAACCCCGUAAGAAGACGAACCGUUCCGGCUCUUUCUCCACCCUCAGCUGAGACUAACUGAGCUGGGUCGAACUGGACCAGCGGCGCUCAAUGGCUAUCAAAAGGCAGGACGCAGAGACGUUGCCUCGCGACAGACUUCACGGCUCACGGCUUCAUGGUUCUGUCGCAGUUUGAAGAAAAGCCCUCUGACGGUGAAGCCCUGAGCUCAGCUCAUGUGGUUUCUUCUGCACCAGCGGCCAACGGUGUGUCGGGGACUUCCUGUCCCAACGGCCUGGCGGCUCCCCCUCCUCUACUGCAUGCCGAGAUGACUCCGCACCCCGCUCGAUCGGCAACCUCUCCGUCGCUUCCUGGUGAUAGCCAGGACUGCUCCGCUGCUGUCCCGGAGCAGCAGCUGUCAUCCCGGGCCACCAUUUCUGCUUCACGCCGGAGGCUUCUAGAGGUGGCGGUGCGGAGGCGUUUGAGGAACAUCCACUACCCUGGCCCAACCCUGGAUCCUCGUCCCGGAGCUGAGGCUGCUGCCUGCCACAGCGAUCGGCAUCUCCCGGAGCCCACGAAGCUCCUCUCCACCAGAUCGGACACCACCGUCGGCACAAGGACCACCACCUUCCCUCCCGCUGAGCGGCCUACCUCGGCGGUAAGGCGGAUGGACACACGCCCGACUCCGUCCCCGGCUCCUCUCCCUGCCCAUCGCCAGAAGGUGCCAGCAAAGCAUUCCCCAGCCCCUGAUGGCAGCGUCUUGCCUCACCGGUCACCUCAUCCUCUUUUCAGUCCUACAACAGUCAUCACUGGCGACAGUAUUGUAAGAAAUAUCCGUUUCUUCAACGGCAUCACUCGAUGUUUUCCUGGCGCUACCGUUGCCGAUAUUCUGGACAAACUUCCCAAGCUGCUACUGUCCAUCCCGUCAUCAGUAUGCUGCUUGAUAAUUCAUGUUGGCACAAACGACAUGGCUCGGCGACAGUCUGAGCUGACGAAAAAGGAUUUUAAUGACCUCUUCAGCCUGCUGAAAAAUUGUGGUAAGUCGGUAUUUAUUAGCGGACCCUUACCAACUCUGUCUCGUGGUGCUGAGCGCUUUUCCAGAUUGCUCAGUUUGAACACCUGGCUCCUGCACAUCUGUCCAACUCACAACCUGAAUUUUAUUGACAAUUUUAACCUUUUCUGCAACUGCCCUGGAUUUUAUAGACGCGAUGGUCUGCAUCCGAGCACACUGGGCACCUCGCUUUUAACAGAUAACAUUCACCAUGUGGUUCAAUCAACUCCAGCUGAUUGACUGCCAAUAAGGCACGCCCACUCGCCACACACCUCGCACGUCUCCCCUCUGCCCACAGAAACACAGGACUACAUCACUCACAACAUCCCAACAGUUGUUUUUAACAGAUUCACCAAAACCCGGACUGUAUUUAGAAAAAGAACCCUGUUUCCUGUAAAACACCACGAGGCGCGCCCGUUCAGCACGAGCAUCAACAUGGCCAUGCUGAACGUGCGCUCUCUUUUAAACAAACUUUUAUUGGCAAUGAUUUGAUUUUAGAUAAUAAAUUGGAUAGUCUUCUCCUGACAGAGACAUGGCUUGGCAACGAUGCACCUGCUGUUCUCACCGAGGCUUCCCCACCGAAUUUUAACUUCUUAUUCUCCACUAGACAGGGUAAAAGAGGAGGUGGAACAGCCUCCAUUACAAGCGAAACACUCACCCCAACUGAAGUAUCUUUUAACAGUUACUCAUCAUUCGAGCAUCACGCUUUUGUUUUUAGCAGCAACCAAAUUCUCUGUGUAACAGUCUACAGACCACCUCAUCACUCCAGGCUUUUUAUCAGUGAAUUCUCAGAACUUUUAUCAAUCAUUCACACAAAAUAUGACAGAAUUUUAAUAAUUGGUGAUUUUAAUUUACAUGUCGACAACAUCUCAGACCCAAUGUCCAGAGACUUUUUAAAUCUUUUAGACUGUCUUGAUUUUAAACAGCAUGUCACACAGCCAAUUCACAACAGAGGACACACCUUGGACCUGGUUAUAACCCAUGGCCUAUCCAUUGAUGUGUCCUCUGUUGUUGACCUGGCUGUUUCUGACCAUUACUGUGUGUUUUUUAAUAUCACCAGUUUUAAUCAGCGCGGGGCCCCAGUGAGAACAGUGAGGAAACGUUACCUAACUUCUGAAGUGGCUGCAAAUUUUAUUGAGAUGUUACAGAGUACUCCUGCAGUAAUUUUACCUGCACCGUGUGAUUUUAUCAUUGAUAAGUUUAACCGUAAUCUGAAGUCAACCUUGGACUCAGAAGCUCCACUUUUAACUAAAGCAAUCAAAAGAAAACCUAUACCCCCGUGGAGAAAAAAUGAUAAAAUCAAUCAAUUAAAAAGAAAGUGCAGGAGUGUUGAGAGGAGAUGGAGGAAAUCAAAAUUAACAGUACAUUAUGAAAUGGUAUGUCAACAACUCAAAACAUACAAUAAAACAGUGAAACAGGCAAGAACAUCUCAUUUCUCACAACUCAUCACAGAGCAUAAAAACAACCCCUGGUUCUUCUUCUCCACUUUUAAUGUUUUAACAAGCACUAAUUUUAAUAAAGCUUUUAAGGCGCCAACAGAUCCUCUUUGUGAGAACUUUGCAGACCACUUCAGAACCUAGAUCAAGGACAUCAGAUCCAGCAUUUUAUCCCAACAAGUUUUACCUGUUACAACACCUGAUCUACUGUCCUUGCCUGAGGAAACCCUGGAGAGUUUUGCCCUGGUUGAUGACACUUGGUCGACUUUUCUCCCAAGUAAACCCAGCAACCUGCCUUUUAGAUCCAGUUCCCACACCACUUCUAAGAUCAUUUUAUGGAUUCUUUGAGGAACAAUUUUUAAACAUAAUGAACUGCUCUCUUCAGACAGGUGUCUUCCCCACUGCCUUUAAAACGGCGAAGCCCCUUCUGAAGACGAGCAGUCUAGACCCCAAUGUUUUUAAUAACUACCGUCCUGUAUCCAACUUACCAUUUUUAAGUAAAAUUUUAGAAAAACUGUUUUUUAACCAAGUCAAUGACUUUUUAAACAGAAUUAAUAUUUUAGAAAAACAUCAGUCUGGUUUUAGGAUGAACCACAGUACAGAGACAGCACUUUUAAAGAUUUUAAAUGACAUCAGGUGGAACUUGGAUCACAAAAAACUAAGUGUUGGUUCUACUGGGCCUAAGCGCUGCUUUUGAUACAGUAGACCAUCACAUUUUAUUAAACAGACUCAGACACCUGGUUGGCAUCUCUGGUACUGUUUUUAACUGGUUCACUUCUUACCUCACAGACUGAUGUUUUUAUGCAAGUAUGGAUACGUGUUCCUCAGGAACCCAUGAAAUUAUGUGUGGGGUUCCCCAAGGGUCAAUUUUAGGUCCCAUGCUUUUUAACCCUUUAAGCUUCAAUCAAUUCCAGCCGUUUUCAGUACAAAAAAUCGCUAAUAUUCUAUUUUUAAAUAAAAAAAAUUACGAAAAAUACGGGGAAUAUUGGACGCGCAUCGGGAGGUGCAUUUCCUUGAAAACGACCGAUUCGGGGAUUUUAUACCGACUUCAGGACCUGUUUUGGAUAAAAUAGUUUACUGGCUUGUGUCAUCUGGAUGUAAAAGGUUGGAUUAUGGCCGUUUUUUGUGGAAUCUUUUCAUUUGUGUGUAAUAAUAAACCCGGAAAUGUGAGUCGCGCUGUGUGCGUUGAAGCCGGAUGGAUGGAUGAAUAUUUGUUUUUGUCGGACAAAUGUGUUUUUCUCACCCGCUGUGGUAAUCGCAUCUGAAAGUGGUUUAUACUCGGCGCAUUCAUGAGAAUCUAAGCUUUCCAUCAGCUUAUAGUGUUUGUAUAAUCGUGUUUGCAGCCGUCGGACAUUCUUGAAAUUCCUAUGCAAAUUAGUAGGUGUACCGCCGGCGGUACACUGAAGCUUAAGGGGUUAAUCUUUAUAUGCUUCCUCUUGGGGACGUCAUCAGGAGACACGGUAUCAUUUUCCAUAGCUACGCUGAUGAUACACAGCUGUACAUUGCCGUGUCUCCUGAUGACAAUAGAUACCCUUUUAAAGUGUAUUUUAGACAUUAGGUCAUGGAUGGCAGCGAACUUCCUACAGCUCAACCAGGACAAAACUGACAAAACUUUUAGUUAUAGGUCCUGAAGGUCAGAGAGAGAAACUUUUACCAAAAUUACAAGAUUUUAAACCAGCAGAAUUUGUAAAAACCUGGGCAUGAUUUUUGACUCUUGAGCUGAGCUUCAUCCCACAUAUUAAACAGAUAAUAAAAAUAUUUUUUUUCCAUCUUAAGAACAUAGCCAGAGUCCGCCCAUUUCUCUCUCAGGCCAGCAUGGAGGUGCUAAUGCAUGCUUUUAUCUCUUCUCAUUAAAAGAGAAUUUGUAAUGCCCUGCUCUCUGGUCUUCCCAAAAAGACUAUUUUUAACCCUUUAAGCUUCAAUCAAUUCCAGCCGUUUUCAGUACAAAAAAUCGCUAAUAUUCUAUUUUUAAAUAAAAAAAAUUACGAAAAAUACGGGGAAUAUUGGACGCGCAUCGGGAGGUGCAUUUCCUUGAAAACGACCGAUUCGGGGAUUUUAUACCGACUUCAGGACCUGUUUUGGAUAAAAUAGUUUACUGGCUUGUGUCAUCUGGAUGUAAAAGGUUGGAUUAUGGCCGUUUUUUGUGGAAUCUUUUUAUUUGUGUGUAAUAAUAAACCCGGAAAUGUGAGUCGCGCUGUGUGCGUUGAAGCCGGAUGGAUGGAUGAAUAUUUGUUUUUGUCGGACAAAUGUGUUUUUCUCACCCGCUGUGGUAAUCGCAUCUGAAAGUGGUUUAUACUCGGCGGAUUCAUGAGAAUCUAAGCUUUCCAUCAGCUUAUAGUGUUUGUAUAAUCGUGUUUGCAGCCGUCGGACAUUCUUGAAAUUCCUAUGCAAAUUAGUAGGUGUACCGCCGGCGGUACACUGAAGCUUAAGGGUUUAAUCUUUAUAUGCUUCCUCUUGGGGACGUCAUCAGGAGACACGGUAUCAUUUUCCAUAGCUACGCUGAUGAUACACAGCUGUACAUUGCCGUGUCUCCUGAUGACAAUAGAUACCCUUUUAAAGUGUAUUUUAGACAUUAGGUCAUGGAUGGCAGCGAACUUCCUACAGCUCAACCAGGACAAAACUGACAAAACUUUUAGUUAUAGGUCCUGAAGGUCAGAGAGAGAAACUUUUACCAAAAUUACAAGAUUUUAAACCAGCAGAAUUUGUAAAAAACCUGGGCAUGAUUUUUGACUCUUGAGCUGAGCUUCAUCCCACAUAUUAAACAGAUAAUAAAAAUAUUUUUUUUCCAUCUUAAGAACAUAGCCAGAGUCCGCCCAUUUCUCUCUCAGGCCAGCAUGGAGGUGCUAAUGCAUGCUUUUAUCUCUUCUCAUUAAAAGAGAAUUUGUAAUGCCCUACUCUCUGGUCUUCCCAAAAAGACUAUUUUUAAUCUCCAGUUAUUACAAAACUCAGCCACACACGUGCUGACAAGGACCAGAGGGCGGGAACACAUUACACCAGUUUUAGAGUUGCUGCAUUUGCUCCCUGUCCGCUUCAGGAUCGAUUUUAAGGUUCUUUUACUAGUUUUUAAAUGUCUUAAAGGCCUUGCGCCUUCUUAUUUGUCUGAUCUUCUUUUACCAUAUACCCUCGCGGAUCCUGAGGUCCUCUGGCAGCGGCCUUUUGUCCAUACCACAAGCAAGGACAAAAACCCACGGCAAGGCGGCAUUUAGCCACUAUGGCCCCCGCCUGUGGAACAGCCUGCCGGAGAACCUCAGGACUGCAGAGACUGUUGAUGUUUUUAAAGGAAGGUUAAAAACGCACCUUUUUAAUCAGGCUUUUAAUUAACUUUUUAAUUCCUUCUUAUGUCCUUAUCAUUACUCAUCCAUUAUCUUAUGUAUUUUUAUGACUAUAACUGUUCAAUUUAUUCAUCUUAUUGUGCAGCCCCUUUAUUUUAUAUGUUAAAAUUAUUAUUUUUUUUUCUUUAACUCCAGUCUUUCUUCAGGGGGGGUCCUCCUGAAAAGGGCUGCAGCAUCUGGUCUGCUGUUGGGGGUGCUGUCUGUGGGUCCCUUCGCCCUGGUUGGAUGGGGGGUUUCCCACCUCGGUGUGGGGUCCCCCUGUCUGUCGGGGUCUAGGGGGGUACGUGCCGGCACCCCCGGCGGUCAUGGCCUGCAGCUCCUCCCAGUAUGGACGACCCCAGUGGUGACGUUUUCCAUGACCCUCGGUGCCAUGCCAUGUCUCCAUACAGUUGUGGUGUGCGUGCGUGCGUGCGUGCGUGCGUGCGUGCGUGCGUGCGUGCGUGCGUGCGUGAACUCCUCUCCACAGAAAAACAAAGCCCAGUUUCUGGAGGAAAAUUGGGACAUAUGUAUUUCUUUGUGUGCUUUCAUUUACAGUAAAGGACAUUCAGACCUCCUGCAGAGGGAUGGAGUUCCCUGCAGAACAUUAACACCUUGGAAGAACCAUUUGAAAAUCAAUGACUCUCACUUUAUGCCGUGAAUAUUUUCUUUAAUCAACACUCAUCCAGACCUAACCUUCCUUCCCCCCUCAGGAAUGCCAUCUCCCUUUGUUAGCAGGAUCUGAUAAGACAGGUCGUAAAAUUUUAUGACCCUGGAGACUGGUACCAACUUAAGGAACUUAACUAAAACAGAACAUCCUCCAAAUUCAUAUUUCUGAGAUGUAUUUUGUGUUUUCAUGAUUACCGAAGUUACAGAAAGAACUUCAUCUAUAACAUAUUCAAAAAUUGUGUUUUUAUAUAGAACUCAAGUUAUGAAAUGUCUUGUUGAAUCCAAUUUUUUCCACAGUCCCACAGUGCCCCCGACUGACGUUGGAGGAUGCGAUGAUUUCGGAAUGAAUUCCAUUAUUAACCUCUGAAUUUAUUUUCCAUUAAGAAUGUAAAAGGUAAAACUGUGUUAUUCAUUACCAUAUGUAUGACAUGUUAUCAUAUCUUCACUGUGACAUAUAUUUUUAGUAUCUAGAGCACAUUCACAUAUGGUUUAUUGAAUUAAAUAAUUCACAUAUUUGUUUGCCUGUAUAAUCAAGAAUAUGUUACCUUUGAUUGUAUUAAAGUAUGUUUUAAGGAUCAUGGUGAGAGAUAAACUGAUCGCGUUUGCAGAUUUAAUAUCGUAUUUUAAUCCACUCUUGACCAUCUCUCGUCCCCCCCCUCCCCUGAAGACAGGGGAGUGAUCAGGUUACUAGUAAGAAUCGCGCCAAAAGUAUCCUCUCCAUGCCUCCAGGCCGGACAGACUGAUAAAGGCCGGACAACUAUGAGGGGCCGUACAAGACUUAAUUCAUUCUCGUCCUCUCACACACAUAUAUUUUCUUUCAUACUUGCAUACGUUCUCCUGUCACACACAUACAUUCUCCUUUCACAUACAUACAUUCUCCUUUCACACACAUAUAUUUUCACUCUCUUACACGCAUACAUUCUCCUCUCACACACAUACAUUCCCCUUUUACACACAUAUAUUUUCCUUGCACACACAUACAUUCUCCUUUCACACACAUAUAUUUUCCUUGCACACACAUACAUUCCCCUUUUACACACAUAUAUUUUCCUUGCACACACAUACAUUCUUCUUUCACAUACAUAUAUUUUAAUUUUCACGCACACACACAUUUUACUUUCACAUACGUACAUUUUCACUCAUGCACACACAUACAUUCUCCUCUCACAUGCAUAUAUUGUCACACUUGCACAUACACACAUUCUCCUUUCACAUUCAUACAUUCUCCUAAAUAAAUAGACAUAUAUGUAUAUGUACAAAGAAAAUAUGUGCAUGUAAGAGAAGAAUGUAUGUAUGUAAGAGGAGAAUGUAGGUGUGUGAGAGGAGAAUGUAUGUAUGUGCGAGAGAGAAUAGUGGAAAAGGAAGUAAGUAUAGUGGAAAAGGAAGUCCAUCGUUUUUUGUGCUGUGAUUGGCUGAAAAACUCAAGUGGGCGGUGAUGUUCAGGAAACGGUUACCAUGGCAGGUGGAGAGGAGUCCCGAGCGCUUCAGCAAGCCAUUGGGGUUUUAAGAAACAUUUUGUCAUCCCCAGAAACGGUCACAUAUUAUCGUCGUCGCUUGAGCAGCAGGCGACAGGUUUAUCUGCACCAAACUUUACUCACAGCACUGUGGAAAGUGAGAUGAGACAACUUUUCAAACCUGCAAACUUCCAAGUCGCUUCAGCGGGACAAGCAGCUAACGCUAACGCUACACAAGGCCGAACUGGAGGAUUACUUCUUGUAGAAUUUUCACACUCCCCAGAAAAAAUCUGACUCCCCCUUCGCGUGAACGCGUGGCCACUUGACGGGGUUUUUGUUGUACGUUUACUGUUUUUGCUGUUGUUUUCGGGUUAAAUGUGAUUAAGUACUGAACUGCAGACAUGUUUUCCUGUUAAAUAUGAUUAGGUGACAUGUUUCUCCUCACAUUUAUAAGUUUAACUUAAAUACUAUUUCCUGAAAAAAAUAUGUUUUUAUAAAAUAAAGACAGUCUUUCUUGA